AUGAAUUAAGAUGUUAAUAAUGUUGCAUAUGGUUAAGGUUAUUUAAUCAAUAAUAAAACUGAAUAAGUAAUACAAAUAAAUAAAACAUAUGAUUCAUUUGUUCAAUACGAAUAAGCUAGAAGUGAAACAUAAAAGAGAACAUAAAUUUAAGAUCCAACCAUUUGCAGAUUAGUAAAAUUUACAACAAGUGAAUAAAAAUCAUUUUGUGGUCAACUAUUUGGAAUAUCAUUGUAAUAUUAAUAUACUGAAAAAUGUAUUGGAGAGAUAAAGAAAUUCAGUCAGUUUGAUUGUUUAUAGAUAAUCAAAGAUGUAACAUAAGCAUUGUUGAUUUUUAUAUCAAAAAGAAUAAGACAUGGUCAAUUAAGUCCUUAAACAAUAUUAGCAACUUAAAAUAAUAGAUAUUAAUUAACAGAUAUUCGAUUUAUAACUGAUAUGUAUGAAUACAAGAUGCAGUUAAUUGGAUUUACAAAUUAAUGUUAUUUGGCUCCAUUUCUAGUCUAUGAAUUAGGAAAGAGGACUAUGAAUCCCAUAUACAAUUAUGAGAAAUCAGAAGUAUUAAAUUUACUUAUUAAGGUUUUCUCUUUAGGUAUUGUAAUCCUGGAAUUAGCACUUUAAUAAUCUGUCUAAUCUAUAUAUGAUUUAUCCAAAUUCUUAGUAUCAUAAGAUGUUAUCAAUACAUAUUUGAGAGUAUUAUCACAAUAGUUUUAACCUUCAUUUGUUGAUUUAUUAAGUAAAAUGUUACAAGUAGAUGAAGAAUAAAGAAUUGAUCUAUAUUAAUUAGAAAAAAUGUUGGGUCAAAAAUAGAAUUUAAAUAUGACUACAAAUUCAUUAAACACUCGUACUCAAAUUGAUAAAUUUGUAAAUAAUACUAGUAGUACUUUGAAUAAUAAUAAAUAUCAAACUUAGAGUCCUUCUCCAUCUUAAGCUUAUAUCAAUAAAUAACAUACUUAACAUAUUUAAAAUUCAUAUAAUACAAAUAACUACAGUACCACUUAUUUAGAGAGAAAUCAAUAAGAAUAAACAACACCAAAAAAUCAAAUGACUUUCUAUGCUCCAUAGAGACAAUAAUACAAUACUUAAUCUAAUUACCAUUCAAAAGCUCCUACAUAAUUGAAUUCAUCAUAAUUAUAUGAGAGAUCUAGAAAAUAAAGUCCUGAAACUGUAGAUUCAUAUAGAUUUAGUGAUAAUAGAAGAAUAAAAACAGAAUAUGACUAUCAAAUUUCCAAUAAUAUUCAUUAACAUAGUUCAAAUAGCUUCAUAUCUCCUGAAAGGAAAUAAGAUAAUUAAUUGGAUUAACUAUUUAAUUAAUUUGGAGAGAAGUUGUAAAAAGUUAAAUAAAAAAUUCAUCAUCUAAGAAUAAAUACUCCUACUUCUUAGAGUUAAUCAUAUAUUAAUUAAUCUUAUCACUCAUAAUUUAUUGAAUCUGUAGAUGAAUUUCCAACUUUCAAACCAGAUUCUAUUCCUGAUAAAAUUGAUAUUUCUAUGAAUUAAUAGUAAAUUUAAAAAGAGUUUCAUAAUUUUUAAUCUAAGAAUUAUAAUUUUAGAGCAUUAGAAAGACCAAAUUAUUAUCCAAAUUCAUAUUAUGAUGAUAUGCAAGGAGAUGCCAGUUUACCAACCUCAGGAACUAUACAUAUGCAUAGUAGUGGACCAGCCACACUUAGUGAUUUUUUUUUGAAAAAAAAAUGA